AAAGAGUAAACUCGUGACUUCUUCUCAUUCUGUCCCGGGUUAUGUCACGAAUAGUGAACACUAACAGGCGCUGUGCUUUCAGAGAAUGAUAUCUGGGAAUCUGUAAAAUGGCGGUUAUAUUACAACAUUGGAGAGAAGCGGCCACUCUUAUUUUGGUCUGUAGGCAUGGUAGGCCCAAAAGGGGCCCAGAAAUCACCCUAUCAACGCCAACAACAACAUCUGGCGAUAAGUUGAAGAGAAACUUUGAUUAUAAAAUUUUAAUGGUAAAGAGAAGUGGGAAGAGCAAAUUUAUGCCAAGUACUUAUGUUUUCCCUGGAGGUGUUGCUAGUGAUUCGGAUUUUUCUAGUGAAUGGUGCGAUUUGUUUCAAGAGUCGGGCGUUGAUUUGAGCAAAUGGCCUCAAGCCUCGUCUUCCACAGUCCAGCCUUCACAUUUGUUGUCACCUAUGCUCACCCGUCAACGCGAUGCGCAGUUUUCUGCUGUCCCAGCAGAUGUUGCCUUUCGGGUAUGCGCAAUACGAGAGACAUUUGAAGAAUCUGGAGUUUUGCUCGUUCGGAGCACUGCAUCUCCCAGUCUCACCAAGGCAAUGUCUAAAUUCUCUCAGCAGUUGCCAAUAAGUGCGUCGUUAUGUGGUAAAUUAGAUGAGGAGGUUUUAUCAGAAUGGCGCAGAGCUGUGCAGAAAGACCCGGGACAGUUUCUCAAACUUUGUAAGACUCAAAACUUUCUGCCUGAUAUUUGGUCUCUUUAUGACUGGUGCAACUGGCUGACUCCUGUGGGGCGAUUUAAGAAACAAAACAGAAGAUUUGAUACUGCAUUUUACUUGUCUGUUCUUGAUGAUAUACCAGAAUUUGUCAAACAUGACUCAAGAGAAAUUGUUCAUACACAGUGGUCAACUCCUCUAGAAGUCUUCCAGAGUUUUCGUGCAGGGACACUAUGGGUUGCUCCUCCACAGCUGUACGAACUUGCCAGGCUCAUCCAGUUUUCGGAUGCUUCAGACAUAGCCGAUUUUGCAAGCAAGCGCUCUAAAUAUCAUAUGAAGAGGUGGAUGAGUAUUACAUUGUCAGCGAAGGAUGGGCUGGUGGAUAUUUUACCAGGUGACUAUUUGUACCCAAAGGAAGUAGACUGGGAGGAGCCCAUCCAAAGUCAAGACCUGAACAAGACAUUGGAGGAGUUAAAGCAGACCUCUCCAAAGAACAGGGUGGAAUUUCAUGGCCCGUUUGAUGUCCGGUUAUGCUGUGAUUUCGACCACUCUCCAGAACACAUCAGUCCUGUGUCAGAGAGUGACCUUGUCUCUCUGGAUGUACACCCUCCUACAGCAAAGCUCUAACCUAUCCCCAGAGCACAUCAGUGCUGUGUCAGAGAGUGAGCUUGUGUCUCUGGAUUUACACACUCCCACAGCAAAGCUCUAACCCAUCCCCAGAGCACAUCAGUGCUGUGUCAGAGAGUGAGCUUGUCUCUCUGGAUGUACACCCUCCUACAGCAAAGCUCUAACCUAUCCCCAGAACACAUCAGUGCUGUGUCAGAGAGUGAGCUUGUCUUUCUGGAUUUACACACUCCCACAGCAAAGCUCUAACCUAUCCCCAGAGCACAUCAGUCCUUUGUCCGAUGGUGACCUUGUCUCUCUGGAUGUACGCACUCCUAUAGCAAAGCUCUAACCUAUCCCCAGAACACAUCAGUCCUUUUUCAGAUGGUGACCUUGUCUUUCUGGAUGUACACAGUCCUACAGCAAAGCUCUAACCUAUCCCCAGAACACAUCAGUCCUUUGUCAGAUGGUGACCUUGUCUCUUUGGAUGUGCACACUCCUACAGCAAAGCUCUAACCUAUCCCCAGCACACAUCAGUCCUUUGUCAGAUGGUGACCUUGUCUCUCUGCAUGUACGCACUCCUGCAGCAAAGCUCUAACCUAUCCCCAGAACACACCAGUCCUUUGUCAGAGGGUGACCUUGUCUCUCUGGAUGUACACACUCCUACAACAAAGUUCUAACCUAUCCCCAGAACACAUCAGUCCUGUGUCAGAGAGUGAGCUUGUGUCUCUGGAUGUACACACUCCUACAGCAAAGCUCUCACCUAUCCCCAGAACACAUCAGUCCUGUGUCAGAGAGUGAGCUUGUCUCUCUAGAUGUACACACUCCUACAGCACAGCUCUAAUCUAUCCCCAGAACACAUCAGUCCUGUGUCAGAGAGUGAGCUUGUCUCUUUGGAUGUGCAUACUCUCACAGCAAAGCUCUAACCUGUCCCCAGAGCACAUCAGUCCUGUGUCAGACGGUGAGCUUGUCUCUCUGGAUGUACACACUCCUACAACAAAGCUCUAACCUAUCCCCAGAACACCUCAGUCUUGUGUCAGAGAGUGAGCUUGUCUCUCUGAAUGUACACACUCCUGCUGCAAAGCUCUCACCUAUCCCCAGAACACAUCAGUCCUGUGUCAGACAGUGAGCUUGUCCCUGCCUGUUGAUCACAGCAUUACUGUGAACGAGAGAACACUGCGUGUUACUUGAGCAAAGACUGAGAGUUGAGCGCCGAGAUAUCCCUAUACUCAGAACUUGACUCUCUGCAUCGUUAUUCAGAUUGACAUAUUCUCCUCAGAAAUCAAUAUCACCAGAAUCACAGUAUUCAUCUCACCUUCUUUGCACAUUUUAUUUGAUUAGCAGUAAUCCUGACCUUGACUGACCUAAAUCAGCUGAUUAGGGACUAAGAUGCUCCGCUGACACUGACAGAAACAUAUGACAGCUGCGACAUUUAAUAACUGUAUGAUACUGUCACUGAACAAUAAAAUAAAUAUAAAAUGAUAUCAAAUACAAGUAUUGUUUGACGCGGAUGGCUCUGAAAUUCAAUACGGACACAGACUGUAAAGAUUUAAAGAUUUUGUUUUAUUACCCACGAAAAUAAAAAAAAUAAAAAAAAAACGCAAAGGGAGACAGCUCCGUGUAAGCAGUCAGCCAGGCCUACUUAGUACCUGUUAUCCUCAGUUUUUUACAUCUCAAAAAAAGCUCUUUAUGGUGAUAAAUUUGUUUUAUGACGACGACAGGUAUAGUAUACUAUUAGUUUUAUGAUGACCUUCCGGGGGUAUACAGGUAAAUAUUUGGCUUCGUCCGUUAAUGAUCCAACCUCGGCCAAAUACCUACGUGUAUAUCCCUGCAAGGUCGUCUUAUAACUAAUAGUACACAACACCUGUAGUGUUAAAUAUCCAUUAUGUGUUCAUGUAAUAUCAUCUCUGAUAUCCAAGCAAAAUGGGCAAUCAUUACUCUAGAAUUCUCUGCAAGUGUGUGUGUGUCUGAUUGAGAAUGUUUCGUGGGUGAAGGCUACACGGCUAAUUAAGUGUACCUGAUGCUGUGUGGCACAUUGUUGGUGAUCUUGUAAUUAAUUAUACCUUAAGGGUUUUAUGAAAAAUAUUAUCCAAGUCUCUCCAUAUUUAAUAGCACUGAUACAGACCAUAACAUGCAUUUAUGAUUAAAAUGGACUGGUUAAUGGCUUUAUCUAUUGCCAACAUCUUAAUUUAGUCCACCAAAACAAGUUCUUCCCCAGCAGAUGUUUCUCCAGUACUCAGGAAAUUGUAAAGACAUUUUAUAUAUGUUAUUACUUAAUGCAUGCAUGCACAGAAUAAUUCAGAUUUAUUGCAAAGAGAAUGAAAUA